AUGGCGCGCGCGUGCACCCGCGCACGUCCCUCGCCGAAGAGCGCGCGGCAAGCCGCGGCGCCGGCGCCGGCGGGGCGCCCACUGGAGCUGCAGUCGGACUUCGACUCGGAAGACCCGGAGCUGCGGAUGAACGCCACGAACAUGGUGGGGGCCUUCAGCCUGACCAGCACCCUCUGGCCGCCCAAGAAGCUGAUGAUGAACAACGCGGAGAUGUCCCCGGUGAAGUUCGAGACCACCGUGGGCCGCUACACCGGCUCCGCGCCCCCCUUCAGCGAGUGGCCCUUCUAUGAGGCGAAGGAGGUGCCGCCCUUGGAGGAGUCCGCGGAAGAGCUGUCGAUCUAUCGGGUGGUGGACUUCUCCAAGGACGUGACGCGGGCCUUCGCGUUGGCCAGCCGGUGGCAGAAGAACAACCUGGGCCGGUCGGCGGGGUUCAGCCGCAUGGGCUCGGGGAAGCUGAGCAGCUUCAAGUUCGCCAACCCCAUCAUGAUGCGCCAGCUGCAGGGGCUCAACGUACUGCUGCCGUGGAUGGAGGAGCGUGGUCUCGAGGAGUUGACGCCCGCAGAGCUGGAGGAGUUCCUAGACUCCGUGGAGGCCGGGGACUUCAUCCGUCGGGAGUUCUCCGCCGUGGCGCCCGUGCAGCGCCGCACCAAGGUGAGCGGCCUGGUGGGCUCCGUAGGCUCCGCGCUGGCGGUGUGGACGCAGGCGUCCGGCGGAGCGGUGGAGGUCCACUUCUGCCUAGGCCACGACUGCCUCAUCGAGGGCCCCGCGGCGGAGGAGCGGCUGCUGCGGCUGCUGGCCACCGGCGAGGGCGGCGCCGGCGCCGGCGCGCUGCGGUGCCGGGCGCGCUUCACCGAGAAGGGCAACCUGGUGGCGCCGUGCCAAAAUCUCGGCUUCCAGCUGGCGGCGGGGGAGAAGGCAUACGAGGAAGACCACAGCGACGAGAUCGCGAUGAACGACCCGAACUUCACAAAGCUGAAGAAUUACAAGGACAUCCCGGAGGCAGUGCCAGGACUCCGGACCUGGCUGCUGCUGCUGUGCCUGGAGGACCGCAUCGAGGAGGCGAACGCCUGGUGCCACGAGAUGGGCGCCGCCGAGUUGCAGGAGGUGAUCGAGAGCAGAGAGGAGCUGGCGGACUUCCUCAUGGACAUGGAGGCGAUCACUCCAGGCAAGCCAUUAUGGAGCGAGAUCGCUAAGACUCCAGCGCUGCCUUGUGCCUUGGCCUUAUGUAAGCAGUUCUUGCGGAAAACGCGCUUUUUUCUGCCCGAGGUCGUGCCGAAGGAAAGCGGAGAUCCCAAGAUGCGGCGCUUCGGCCGCAGCUACGGAUCUGAUGCCCUGCAAGACGCCUGCCGGCUGCCAGCCUUCUUCUCUGACGCGGCCGCGUACUACCGCAGCGAGGCCGCCGCGCCUGGGCGCCUGGAGGCGGCGCUGGGCCGCUUGGAGCAGGUGGCCGAGGAGUUCCGCGCGACUCAUUUGGAGUCCUCGGCCGAGGACCUGCAAGUGGACAUUGCCGUGUUGCUGGAGAGCCUCGUCAUGGGCGCCCACCAGGCCCUCGGGGAGUACAAGAAGAUGCACUGCAGGGUGGAGUUGGUGGCCAAAGAGUACGAGCCCCUGAGCCACAUGGAAAUCUCCAGGCCUGCCUUCUUGCCGCUGGCCGAAGAGCAGGUGGUGGCGCUGCCUGAGCAGGCCGUCCACUGGGCCAUGGAUUUCUCUCAGCUUGUCGAGAACGCCUCGAAGACGCUCAAUGGCUUGGUGCGCGAGCUGCACAGCCGCAAGGGCCACCUGGGCGACUGCCUCGCCGAGCUGCGGGCGCUGCUGCUGCGCCAGGCCGCCGCCGUGUGA